UAAAUCAAAGUUAUUUCCACCUAAAACUUACAGUAAUAAUUAAACUUAUGACCCACUGUACUAAAGUAAAAGCUUGCUACAGGUUUACAAUGCACACAACUGUAAGUGUGGUGUCAUGAUCACAAUCGCCUUCAUAAAAUGCACUGCAGAAAGCUUAUGGUUUCCUGUGGUCUGAUGUGUUACUUCCUAAUUCACCUAUUGUGUGAGUCGCAUUUCUGUUCUUACACCCACUAUAAUGGAGUUGGUCAUCUUCAUCGUUUUUCAGCUCAUGAUGGAGGUUCAAUCUUACAAAUCUCCUACUGUAAAAGUAUCUCCAGAUGUCAUAAGAGAGUCCAGCUCAGUGAAGAUCAGCUGUGAGACGCCAGCAGAUGUUACAGUGAAUCAGUGUUAUUUCUCUGUAAACAAAGAGAGGAAUAUAAAACUCAGUUCAUCAUGUGAGCUUGAGCUCACUGGUGCUGAAGUUCUCAGUUGGGCAGCUGUAAAAUCACCUGCAAAAUUACCUGUAUCACUUGACAUUAACUGUUACUACACAAUACUUAAGCAAGGCAUCAAUAAACCAUCAUCUGAUUCUCCUCCUGCCACAGUGACAGUCCUAGAUUCUCUUCAGAAACCCAUUAUCAGUGUUAGUGAUGAUGAUGUCCAGCCCACCAUAUCAUGUGAAAUACCACUUUCAGUCAGAGCUGAUUUCAUCUGUAGUCUCUACACUGAGGAUGAUGAUCUUCUGUAUCAACGUGUCUCUCAGAGGAGUCAGUCUGAAGAGCGCCAUUUUUGUCUGUUUCAUUUAAGUUCUAGUGAACUCUUCACACCAUCAGUGAACAGCAGACAGCUGACCUGUGUUUAUUCAGUAAAGACUGAACCUAAAAUGAGAUCACCACACAGUGACACAUACACCAUCAAAGGUCUUCCUCAGGCCAAGUUGAGAGCGUCUGCUUCAGUUAUUUCGGAAACAGACACAGUUGAGCUGAGCUGUGAGAAUACUAAAGAUCUGAAGAUGGAGAUGUGUUACUUCAACAUAAAUGGAAGAGAAACCAACACAAAACUGAGCUCAUCAUGUCAGCUCUCACUCACUGGAUCUCAGAUCAGUAUUUGGUCUGGAGAUCAGAGUUCAUCUGUGACAAUAACCUGCUUCUACACUGUGAUGAAGGGACAAGUUAAUAAACCAUCUGAUCACUCUGAUCCAGUGACAAUAACACUCCAGACAUUAACAGUAACCUCCACUUCUGAAACCACAACAUACAGUAAAACCGCAGACCAAUCCAAGACAAACCUGCCAACCAGCACAACAAAGGAAACCAUGAUUUCAAUGUCAACCUCAACCCUACCUGGUAAAAAUAGAAUCUCAGAACAUAAUACAUUGUUUGUAGUGCCGGUUUCCACUGGUGUUGCUGUAAUUAUGUUGGGACUCAUCUGCCUGUGCUGGUGUGCAAGUAAAAAAAGAAGAAAACAAACAAUAAAACCAGACGUGCACAGUCAAGAGCCUGGUAUGAGUUGUCCUGGACCUGGAGAGACAUAUUCUCUGAUCACAUCUGUACCAGCCACAUCUCAGCCCAUAUCAGGAGGCCUCAAACACCCAGAGUCACAUCAGGACAGCACAACAAAUCCCACAAACACUCGCUCUGCCAUUACAUCUAUAAAUCUAAUUUACCAGUCCUCAGAUGCUUUGGUCAAUAAAAAACAGAAAUGGGGAAAUACGGAGGAAAAUGUGAACGUUAAUCAUCUGUACGCCACGGUCUCUCGCAAACCAGUUAAAUCCAACUCAGAAGAUCAAGUCUAAAGUUUGGUGAAGAUCCACUGAUGAAUCUCAAAUCUUGUUUCAUUAUGUACAGUCACCAUAAAUAAAAUUUCUUUACAAUC